CUAGAGAGAGUUGACUGACAAAUUAGAAUUUGGUAGAGAGAGAGAGAGAUACUUGUAAAACACUAGCACUCUCCAUUCUCCAUUCUCACUUUCCACACACAAGAAUUGUAACUGCAAAAUCACGAUCAUGAACAACGGAGACGAAGAUAACAAGGGCUUAAUCUGGAAGCUUCCAGAGCUCAAAUCCAACGAUUUCGGUAAGAUUGGUCCCGCCUUCGGCCUCGGCGCCGGCUGCGGUGUGGGUUUCGGCCCUGGAAUUCCAGGAUUCCAAGUAGGUUUUGGAUUCGGUAGGUAUUCUAAUGUUGGAAAUCCGUUCCGUGGUUCUGGAAAUAUUAUUUCUGAGGAUGAGAUUACUGCCCUUGUGGAUGACCUUGUGAUUAAUACUAAGAAGCUUAUCAGGGCAACAACCAAAGAAAUUGACAAGUGGAGAAGAUGAUGGAAGAGUCUUAUGAAUUCUUUUAUGUAUAUUUGUAUAAACCAAGAUCUGUCUUAUUCACUAAAAUCAUGGCAAACUCAAUCAGCAUGUUAUAGACUUGUUGCCGUACACGACAUGCUGAAAUUUCGUAUUAAUAUCCAUUUAGAUUAUUAUUUAAACUUGGUUAAAAAUUGAGUUCCACCAUUGUCUGAA